CACUCAGCCUUAACUUCCUAUCCUGAUUCAGAUCCUUCCUAUGUUUCGCUUCCUUCUGACAGUCAGUCUUGACACUGAACAAUCAUCUGGGUUUGCUGGAGCAGUAUAUGUGGUCCUUUGGUAUGACGAAGGGUUAUGAUAUUGCUGCUGUCACUGCUUUCUAAAGGUACUUUGACAAGAAUACAAAACAUGUCAAUCCUACAGAAACAUGGAUUAUAUUGAGAACUCUGUGUAUUGUCAGUAUUUACUACAUAAAAUUAUAACUCUAGAUUAUGUUGUUAUAUUUAUAUUUAUGCACCUGCCUGUAAACAGUUCAUUGUGGGGAACUGAGCUUUUCUUGUCUCCCCAAACACUGCUGUGUUCUGCUGCAAGCUUGAAUUAAUUUGAAUACCUUUUUCCUUUUGAUAAGGCUUGUUACAGUUACCUUAAAGUAGGACUUUGACUUCAGAAAUCUCAGCAAUGCAUAUGGCUGUAUGGUUCUGUAUGAUGGUUCCUUGUUGCGUAUGUUUUGCUUAAUAUAAGGUGUGUAUCGGCAAAAUAACGGAUAUUUGUGACUAAAUGUGUUAGCAUAAUUAAUGAAGAAGAGGUUUAAGUACUUGUCAUAUAAUAUUGAACAUUUGUUGCGCCUCCAAAUAAAUUUUAACCAGUUAUAUGUAUCAACAGGGAUCGAUCUAAACUGGACCUUGACUUUUCUUUAAAAAAAAAAAAAAACACAACUUUUCCUUUACCUUUUCUGUAGCUUUUGGAUGGUUUUAUCGAUAUGAAGGAAAAUUUCCCACAAUCCGCAAGGUACAAAGUGUGAUAAGUGAGCUUGUUUGCUGUGCAUUUGAAUUUUAAUUCCUCUCUUUUCUUCUCUUCCACUUCAUUUAAUACAUAGAAAUUAAGAUGCUUUUCAGAUAUAUCCACCUAGGAAUGUAUUCUUUUUGAACACUUGGAACUUCUCAAAACCUGCCAGCUGCAGUGAGAAUUGAGUGUGUACUUUGCAGAAGCUGUUCAGCACAGGUCCAGAAAUUCUCAAAAUAGUAAAUAAAUCCAUAGCAAUAAAAGCAUUCAAAGAUGCAAAAAUUCCAUGGAAGUCAAGUGUGCAGUUCCCAGUUACGCUUUUGCAAAUCUCCCAGUGAGAGUGCUGAAGGCAAAAGGCUUUGAGGCACGCGAAUUGCACACAGAGAGGAAAAAUAUCAGAAAACCUUUUAAGCUUGAUAGAAUACUUCUUAAAUCUGUAGAGUCACAUCUAAAAUAUUACUGCAGUUCCAAGUAGUACUUUAUUCCUGCUGUUGCUUUGUUCUCUUUAUUUCCUUCAAUAUAUCUUAGUUAUAUUAUAGGCUUUUGUGUUGUUUGAUUUUUGUGAUGGCCAAUGGUAAUUUAAUGGGGUAGGACUAACUGUCAAAGAGGGCUCGUAGAUCUCUCUCCUGAGAACUCAAAGUUUCUGAGGAAGACAGAGGAAGCAUUUGAGUAAUCAUUUAUGACUAUUAUUUUAACCUUCUGGGGGGGUAAGAAAUGCCAAUGGUUUUAACCUUAAUAAAAAAUAAGGAAAUGACAGUGUACUCUGAUGCCGUUUCAUACUGCUAGUGACUGUAAGUCAUCUUGGACCUGAAACAUAUAUAAAAUCCAGUAUGGUUAGGAUUAUCUGACAAAUAUAAAUACAUGUUAUGAAAAUUCAGCCUCUUCACACAAAUAGAUGAUCUUUGCUAUGACUGCUGGCCAAGAUUAUUUAGAGAUCCUCCAAAUAACUUAUAGUAAUAAAGAUUCAGCUCAGUUCCUGUUGAACUCCGCUACACAAUGUGGACUAAAACUUGAAAAUAUGUUCUCAAUAUUUUGCUUUUAGAAAUAUUUUUAAAUAUUCAAAUGGUAAAUUUUCUUCCUGCUGAAAAUUGCAAAUCGAUUUUCUGUGUGUGUGCUGAAAACAAAAUUUCACUCUGUACUUAAAAUAUCUUUAAUAGGAAAUUAACUGAAUCUGUGGGGACAAAGGACAGAAGAGAUGAGUCAUCUUCUUGUAUCUGAAUGCAAUAAAUGUGGCUAAGAUUGUCUCAUAGAUGUUGAUAUUCUGAAACUCUUUGUCACGUAAACUGCUUAGCGUGCAUUUAGAGUCAGUAAUUUUUCAAAUGUUGAUACGUAGCAGGUUGACCUGCCACCUUCCGGAUAUUACAUUUCAUAGAUAGCACUAAAUGUAUCUUCUAAUUUAUUAGAGGAUAACAUUUCAUCAAAAAUUGUUAUUAAAGAACAAGCUAACUAGCCCUGAAUAAAACAUGCCAACAGAAUGUUGUUAAAACAUGAGAAGCUAGACGUUUGACAUAAGGUUGUUCUGUGGUUUUCUUUUUUAUCUCCAAAUAUUAUUGGUUUUCCAACAGUAGCUACACUUAACCACAGAGCAGUUGUCAACUGACCACUGAACUCAUCCAGCAGGAUCACAGGCUUCUAAAAGACUAUGAAAAGUCUUGCCCUUUAGUUGCAUUGUGCAUGCAACAUUUUAAAAUUGCUUUGUACAGUAUUACUUCACACACAAGUAGAUUUUUGCUGCUGGUGGUAGGGACUAUUUAGUCUUCGUGAUGUGGGAUUCUUUCCUGAGAGCAAUUUAGUUUCUCCACUGAUCUAAACCUCUCCUUUCUAGUAACUAGUUUGUAUUAAGGCAUGCAACACUGUGUAUAGGAUGUACGAAGCAUAUUUUUUUACACAUAGUGUGUUCAUGUCUAUGUGUACAUGAGCGUCUGAAAGCAGUCAGUCUCAUACUGAUGUAAAAAUGAGUAAAGAGAGAUGAUAACUAACCAAAACAAACAAACUAAUGAGAGUUAUCAAAACUGUUUGACUCUUUGAAGUUUUGUAGUGGGCCUAUCUGCUCUACGGUUGUAGCUUCGCAGAGAAGUAAGUUGAACUAUCAAAUUUUCUAUAAACUAAAUGGCUGCGUACAGGCAAUCUAAAGGAGGCUGAAUUUCUAGCAAAUUGCUGAGGAAAUGCAGUUAAGAAUUGCGUCUGAAAGACCAGCUCCAUACUUGCACUGUAAUUCAAUUUUCAAGGCAGGCGCUCAUGUACUGAGCUUGAAGUUUGCCAUGUUUUUAGCUUAUGUAGAAAUCUAGCUUAAAAAAAAUAAUAAUUCCCAGAAAGGAAAAGAGCAAAAGAAGUCAAAAAGUGACAGUUUCUGUGAACAGAAGAAGAAUAAAAAGGAAAUGGAGUUUGAGCAAAGACUUGCCAAAGAAAAAGAAGGAAUGCUGGAGAAAGAAAAACAACUGAAAAUAAAUCGUCUUGUGCAGGAGGUAUCUGAAACAGAACGAGAAGAUCUGGAAGAAUCAGAAAAGGUGCAGCAUUGGGUGGAAAGACUUUGUCAGACACGGUUAGAACAGAUUUCCUCUGUGGAAAAUGAGUCUCCUGAGUUGGCAAGUGGACGUCCUUCUGCUUCUUCCUCUGCCACAUCAAUGAAACGGUUUGCUGGUGGCCUACAGCUUCAUACCACAGAUCUUGAUGAUAUAAACUUAGAUGAAAUUGAAAAACUUGUGGCACCACUACCACCACCACCUGCUGUUACUCCAGUAUCAUCAGCUCAUCCACUUCCUACACUGAAUGUUCCACUUUCCAAAGGUCCAGUCCUAACAGUAUCACCAGCUUCCCAGGUGACCUCAUUACCUGUUUGGAUGCAUGUGCCUCUACCAUUCCCUUGCCUGGGCUCCCUCCCCAGAUCCAUAACUCACUUCAUUUUUUGGAUCUGCCAGCCUACUAUUUGCAACAUUAAAAGGAAUGAAGUGGUCUGUUGUCUGAUAGUGAAUGCAAUCCAGAUGUUGUUUUAUUAUUUGUUUAUUCUUGUAAUUUAAGUCUAAUUUAAGUUUUGCUCUGUCCUUCCCGCAUGUGUUGCAGACCCAUCACAGGCAAACAUGUUGGGCAGAAUGUAUUAGUUAAAAAGAAUAUUUGGACUUGAGUGUUUAAAAAAAGAAACAUCAGGCAGCAAAUUUAACUCAAGUCUGAGAAAAUUCACUGUGUAGUGAAAAUCAUUGCUGUUCAAGUGUUUAAAAUCUUAUCAGGUUUGUUUGUUAGGUGCAAAGAUCAGAAGAAAAGAAUUAGCUUGAAAUCAGAAGACCAGACUUUCAAAAUCUCAACACAGCAUGAAUGAUCAGUAAAAUAAUUUUAAAUGAACAAUGGUUCUGUAAAUCAGGUUUGCUGACUUUUUACAGACACACAGGAGCUAGAGAUUUCUUGUUCAGAAAAUAUCCCAACUGUAUUACAAUCUCAGUAUAAAAGAGGAUCACAUAUAAGAAAUCUUGUGACAAAUCUCAGCCUAGGAGAGAAAUGGCAGCUCCAGCAUUGCACUUCCUCUCGGAAAGCACUGUGAUGGGAUUUGUGUACUCCAGUUUGUGUAGCAAAAGCUUCUUUUAUUUGUUUCAAACAGCAAAAGAGGGUCAUGUGUAAUCACUUCUUUCCUACAUGUUUUUUCUCCUGCAUGGAUUUAUUGAUUGCACUAUUGUGUGUGUGUGUUUGUUGCAUUUUUACUUGGAAAUACUAGACUUCUGCUUUUGCAUGAUUUCAGUUAAAGUGAGAAAGGAUAUGCAAAUUUAUCAGUUCUUGGGGGAAACUGGGAGAUUAUUUUUAUGUAAAUGACUGCCUUGAUGUGAACUAUGUAUAUUUCAUUAUAAACUUAACCUCUUAUAGUGCUUCCUCUUAUGUCGUUUACAAGUUUGAAGUGCCAAGAAUAUGCUAGAUCCACUGAAAUGGAGAUGUCAGAUGGUCUUAUGGAUAACAAGCGUUCCCUGUUAUCUACAAAUAAAUGUGCACGCACUAAAUGCUAAACAGAAAAUACUCAGAUUUUUAAAGGUAAUAUAGGAGCUGCCAAACUGGAUAUGACCUCAAACCCACGUAUUCCAAUAUAUAUUUCUGGUAGUUUCUCACUGCCCGAUGUGUUCGAGGAAAAUAUCAGUAAUUAAAGAAAAACACAUCAGAUAACAAAACAAAAAUUACCUAGCCUUCAAUAACGAUAGGUUAGUUUUCACUAAAUAUAAUUAGCAGCGUAUAUGAGGAAAGAACUAAGCUCUUAAUAAAAUACUAAUACUGAACCAGAGCUGCUUUGUUUACAUGUAGUUAUUAGCAUUAGCAAUAAUCUAGUAUUACUAUUGUGGUAUCAGACAUGAUAGUAGAAUCAGAAGGUGGACAAUUUCUCCUUGCCUCUUUUUAAAAAACAUCACAAGUAAAACAAAAACAUUUUGAUUGAUUUCAGCAAUAAAAGAUCCUGUAUUUAUGACAGCCAAAGCAAAAAUUAAGGAAGAGUUGUUGCCCACCAAGAAGAUUUUGCUAAUAUUACUCAAAACUGUAAAUCUUCUCUGUGGUGCUAUUUUUUCCCCCUAGAUCAUUUUAUUACAAAUUCAGCUCUUAACAAAUACCUGACAAAAGGAAUGAAGUUUCCUGUCAUAUGUUCUUGGCAACUAGCUAUUAGAAUACCUGGAAUAAACCGAUCUCUUUCAUAAAAUUAUUAGCAACUGUAUAUUUUACCUGAACCCAGUACUAAGUUUGCUACUGUUUAGGUUGUAAGAAACACCUCCCACGUUGGCAAAGUGUCUUCUGUGUCAAGCAGUCCACUGGUAUGUUGUGUGUUGUUAAUAAUGAAUGUAAGUUUUAUGAACUUCCUAUGUGAUGCUGAUGUAAAGGAAAUGUCAAGGAUUUUGCUCUGCAUGGCUAAUUUAUUUCAAAUUUGGCACUUGCAGUCAUAUAUCUACAUCUGUUGCUGCAUUACAAGACACCUAAUGCCCGGUAGUGUAAUGAUCUGAAGACGUUGUAUUUCAGACCUUCAGCCAUAUACAGUCCAAGUUUGCAUGUUCCACGCAAAGUCCCUAUGUUACUGAGUGUGCAAGAGUGCAUUUCUGUCAAGACAGACAAAGAGCAGGGACUGAGCUGUAUUUUAAACAUAAUGGCUGCUACAAAGUAAGCUUUUUUUUUUUUUUCCUGAAAAGAACCAAAUUGAUUUGAUCAGUUUUUGCACUGGUUUUAAUUCAGGAUGGCCAGAUGUCAGUUUUCCCCAUUCUGAGGCACUCAGGAGAAGUCUCUCUUUAAGCUGUGCAAAUCUAGGAGAAAUCAUCCAGUUCCAGUGUGACUUUAACAAAUUUAAUCUGUGAAGCUUCUCACUCUUCUGUAAUUAGAAAGUAACAAUAUAUUUGGUGGGGCCUGGGAGGGAGAUGGAAAUAACAUUAAUUGAGAGAUGUCUACAUGAAUUAAGGAACUUCCAAAGAACUGGUUCAAAAAAUUCUUAAAAAAAAAUUCCCCUAUUUAAAAAAAAAAAAAAAAAAUACUGGAAACAAUUCAAAUAAUUUCAGAAGAUAGAACUUGUACCAUAUGAAUAAUAUCU